AUGGCAGAAGUAUAUACUCUCGAGACGAUCACUGCAGAGCUGGCUGGUGAUGAUAAAGUGAAGCUCGCUGGAGUAGAUGUGGAUGGGCAGCUGCGCGGGAAGCUUAUAUCCAAAAAGAAGUUUUUAUCAGUUGUAGAAUCUGGUUUCGGGUUUUGCUCUGUAAUCUUCGGAUGGGACAUGCAUGACAAAACAUACUUUCGCGAACUUCUCAUAUCCAACGCCCAGAACGGAUACCAGCAACCAGUACCACCUUGCCCAAGAGGGCUAUUAGGGACUGUUGUGAGUAGAGUGGGAGAGAGGGGGUGGAAAGCCAUGGCUGGAGCCGAAUACGAAUUUUUCAAUUUUCAGGAAACUUCAAAAAGCGUAAAGGCAGGAAGCGGGAUAGAUCUAGAGCACCUGACACCAGGAAUGUUUGGUUAUUCUCUCACCAGACCAGUUCAAAACCAGGAGUUUUAUUAUAGAAUUUUUGAUACAUGCAAGAAAUUCAAUGUCCCAAUAGAGGGUUGGCAUACAGAGUCAGGGCCUGGAGUUUACGAAGCUGCUUUGGAGUUUGGGGAGGUCUCUCUGAUGGCUGAUCGAGCCAGUUUAUUCAAAUAUGUUGUCAAAGCGUUGGGGUCGAAAUAUGGAAUAAUGCCAUGUUUCAUGGCAAAACCAAAAGAAGGAUUGCCUGGAAAUUCGGGACAUAUGCACAUAUCCCUGGUCGAUUCGGAGGGCAAGAAUCUUUUUGCUCGGUCUGAGCCCGACACAAACCCUCCAUAUUCGGAUGUAUUACACCUUUCCGACUUGGGGCGUCAUUUUUUGGCGGGAAUGUUGGAAGGUCUUCCAUCUAUAAUGCCUAUACUAGCGCCAACAGUAAACUCCUAUAAACGCCUGGUUGAAAACUUCUGGGCACCUGUAACUGUGUCUUGGGGUCUUGAGCAUCGUGCAGCUUCCAUACGUCUCAUAGCUCCGCCGACAGCCUCACCAAAAUCCACUCGCUUCGAAAUACGAACUCCUGGGGCGGAUACAAACCCAUUUUACGUUCUCGCUGCGAUCCUUGCCACGGGCUUGCGCGGUAUCGAGAAAAAGAUCGAGCUCACAACCCCCCCUCUCGGAAAGGGCGAUGAAACUGGGAGCGGGGAGCGAUUGGCAAGGAAUUUGAUGGAGGGUGUUAGGAAGAUGAAAGAAGAGGGAAGUGUAGCACGAGAGGUACUUGGAAAUGAUUUUGUGGAGCAUUUUACAGGAACCAGAGAACAUGAGUGGCGGCUUUGGGAAGAGGCGGUGACAGAUUGGGAAGUUAAAAGAUAUGUCGAGACUGUUUGA